AUGGGUUGUGCGACCUCAAAGAAGCUGAGCGAAGAAGACGACGUUGUGUCCUUCUGCAGAGAAAGGAAAUGCCUCAUCAAGUUGGCCCUAGAGCGUAGGUUUGCAUUCGCAGAGGCAUACUCGAAGUAUAAUCAAUCUCUCUAUUCCGUCGCAUUGGCCUUAAGGUUGUUUGUAGCUAGACAUUCAUCGCCGCCUUCUCCAUUUCUCAUCACCUAUCCUUCCACUUUCACCUCUGAAACUGCAGCUCUCAUUGACAACCCCGUUUUUCUUCAGCAUAAACCAUCUGAACCCCACCAAGGAGGAACUCCAGAAGGCAAAGAAUCUAAAGACCAAAAAAAUUUCGAGGAAGAAGAUGAAGAGUUCAGUGACGAAGAGGAACCCUUGUGUGAGCAUUUUUAUGGUGAUGUGAGUGCACCCUUGCCAUCCUCAAGGAGAAGUUAUCAGUGGGAUUUUUUCAAUCUGUUUGAUGUGGGAGGGUUAACUCAGAACACAUAUGAAGAUAGUGUAAGAGUGGGAUGUGGAACAAGAGUUGUGGAUGAGAUUAAGGCGCCUAGAAGCAGGGAUGAUUCCAAAUUGGAAGCAUGUGGGAGCGAAGAUUUGAGGCGGAUUAAUGGAGAAAAAGACGGGAGGCAACUGUUGGAAGCAUUGAAGGAUGUAGAGGACCAUUUUAUCAAGGCUUACAACUCCGGUAAGACUGUCUCAAGGAUGCUUGAGGCUAAUAGAGUCCCUUUGCUAUCUGGCCUGGACGAUAUCAAAGAGAGCUCGAAGAAACUGAUUCGAUCAAUAACAUGGAACCGAUCCAAUUCAUUGCAUUCUUCCUCCAGUAAGAGUCUGCUGAUUUCAGGUUCGCAAGUUUCUUCCUCAUGGACGGAACUUAGUAUUGAUUCGUAUGAUGAAUGUGGGGGAAUGGGGUCAGGUAGCCACUCAUCCACGAUAGAAAGGUUAUAUGCUUGGGAGAAGAAACUCUAUGAGGAGGUUAAGGCUGGAAAGGAAAUCCGAGAAAUAUUUGAGAGGAAAUGCUCUCGAUUUAGAAAUAAAAAACUCGAAAAGGUAGCCUCAAUCAUGAGGAUAAAGCUACUGCUGAAGUAUUAG